ACAAGCCGGGAAUCGAACCACUAAUCCUCCGGUUAGGAAACGACCCGCUCUACCUCCUGAGCCACAGCCUCCCGUUUGGAGCCACUCGGAUUAAGUAUCAGCUCCCUCAUCCCCCGUUACAGGACGUGAUUAGCUGACAACCCGACUUGCUAGCCCGCAGUACUUCCUACAAUCUCCCCUCCAGAAUCACGGAUACCAUUUUAAUCGCAUUACGAAAGCUAGCCAGCACCAUACGGAACUGGACUGAGCAUAUGAUACCCGAUAGAUUCCAUUAAAGUAAAGGAAUGACCUGCUAAUACUCUACCGACCGCUAGGAUCAAGCUAGCAUCACUUGAAGUUGGAUGGACUCGCGGCUCCCACAGCAUCACUACCCGGGACGUGCUCCAGCCUGUUCUGGUGCACCGGAAUGUUAACUAAUGAGGAAGUGGCUUUAACAUGACGAACAACGUUUUGGCUCUUAACUGCUCCAGCCUUGUAGGUGCUACACAGAUGAUUUUUAGAUGCCAAAUGUAAAGAUGCCCCGAGCAUGCACCAUGAAUGUGGCUGGCCGUGUCUGUCUCCAGCCCUGCGGAUGACACCCACACAGGUAGCGGCGGCAGGGAUACACCGUCGCCGGGUAGCGCUGGCAGACUUGACGUGAGCUUGCUAGCGCCAAGCAUAGGCGACUAACAGUCCUGAAAACCCCAAACAAACACGAACUCCAAUGGUAUCCCAUAGGGUUUUAGUCACAAUAAUCUUACUAAACGUGUAUAUAGGUGUACAGUCCGUUUUUUACUUGUUCGGCGGCGUCCUUUUAACCAUUUUAUUUGCUAUGGCAUUUUUAAAUGGACCCAGGCUGCUGGACUGGGCGAGUUCACCUCCACAUCUUCAGUUCAACAAAUACGUUUUAACAGGAUACCGACCGAUCUCCUCUGUGCAGGACUGCAUCAGAAGCCUGUUUUACCUGCACAAUGAACUCGGAAACAUAUACACUCACGGCAUCCCUUUGCUUUGCUUCCUGGUGCUGCUGCCUCUCAACAUCCCCUGGUCUCAGAUCAGCGUCACAUGGUUGGGCGUGGUGCACUUCCUGGCCUGCCUGUCGCCUCAGCUGGGCUCCGUGCUCUACCACCUCUUCAUGAACCAUGAGGGAGGGGAGCACGUCUACCACACCCUCCUGAAGCUCGACGUGUGCGGAAUCUGCAUGAUCAACACACUGGGGGCGCUGCCCAUUGUCUACACCACCCUGCUGUGCUACCCAUUCAUCCAAACUGUGGCCCUAUUAGUCUACAUCCUGCUGUCCACCCACGCCAUCUACUGUGCAGUGACGGCCCGGAGCAGCGUUCGCAGGCUGCGCUCCUUCGCCUGGCAGGCGCUGUUCCGCUUCUCCUUCUUCUUGCUCCGCUGGGUGGGCUUGGGUGGCGGCAGCCCCACCUCACUACGCCACUUCCUCAUGAUGGAUGCGCUGGCUGUGCUGGGCGGGGUCAUCAACAUCAUGCGCAUCCCGGAGCGUUUCCGCCCGGGCCUCUUUGACUACUGGUGCAACAGCCACCAGAUCAUGCAUGUACUAGUGGUGGGCUCCAUCCUCUAUCUACACUGGGGGGUGCUGGACGACCUGCUGUGGAUCAGCAGCUACAACUGUCCCUCAGACUGACACCCGUCCCCCCAGCAGCCCGCAAACCCUCACCUGGGACGUAAGGUUAAGACCUCUGGGGGGAGGGGGGUUGUCUGGAGAGGGAAGGGGAAUGAGAUACUGAAGUGAGGUCAGAGGAUAUGCCGUCUGUGCAUGUGUUUGCCUCAUGCGCUCAGACUCAGAAUGUUCAUAUCUUGGUCCAUCUCUGUACAUUUUGCCAAUACAGGCAAAAGUAUGUCAAGGAACCUGCACAAGCAUUUUGACUCUCUCUCACCGCAAACGUGGACACACAAGUGUAUAUGGACACACACAUAUGCACAGUAAAAUGGAAAUAUUUUAAAUAGUAGAUCAUUGAAAGAUCAUUGACAGAUCAUUGAAUACUACAAAGUAAUAAGUGAAGGCUUCAGUAAAAGGCUAUUGCUGAGUUUAAAGCUUUUACUUAAAGAGGUGGUAUUAUGACCCUUUUUGAUAUUUCUGUGGCAUUUUAUUCACCCAGAGUUGUUCAGAUCUCUCUAUGUCCAUCUGUACAAACAGCCCAGAUUCUCCUCUGUCAUGUAGCAGGCUGUUUUGGAAAUUAUUAACAUAAAAUGUACAGUAUUCAUGAGCACCUACUCUGAUUGGCUGUAUGUGAUGACUCAUCUCAGCAUCAGCAAAUCAGAAAAAGGCCUAAUGAAUAAUGGAAGCCCUCCUAUGGUUGAGCUUUACCUUGCCUAAUGGCUGCAGCUGGAAAUGCGAGACAGUACCUAGAGCUAUAUGAACCAGAGUCUGAUCCUGAAUGGGAAGGAGAGGAACCUGCUGGUGGAGACUGGAGGCUUCAACUGGAUGUUUCAGAACUGUAGUAUCAUGUUUAAGAUUCCUGUUGUAAGAGUUAUGUUUUCAGACGUAGCAGGAGGCAGCUAGCUUAGCUUUAGCACAGCUAUUUUCAUUUAGCUCCCUAUGCUCUCAGUGUAGCACUCUACAGGAAGUGGGUUUGUCUUUGAUUCCAAGUUUUAAAAAGCAUAAAAAUACAGCAGAGACAGUUUAGUGGUAUGACAGCAGAGGAGGAGCUCCGCUAUCACCCUGAUCCAUGUCAAAGCUCAUUUUGUAGUUUUCCAUCAUACCACCUCUUUAACAAAGUCCCCUCAGAUGUCACUGUUGCUACCUAUGCAGCACAUCCAUAUCUCAGCUCAUGCACAUCACAUACACAACAUGCACACGCCUAUAUUUUUCUACUACAUGUACUGUACAUACUGCAGGUGCUGCACUGAGCACUCAUGGAAUUUUCUCUUCGUCCAAAUGACUGGCUUUAACUGGACUGGUUGUUCUGUUUGGUGUUUCCUUGUUUUCUGCCACUGGCUCUUCAUGUGCGUGUCAGUCGUAACUGUCACAUGAUCAAAGGAGAUGAAAAUGGGUUCAUUCCUGAGUGCGCUAGCAUGUUUGCAGCAAGUUUAUUUGCUUGAGGUUGCUUUUAGGAUCGGUUGAGCAGUGUUAUCGGCUUUGUUUGCACGCGAACUCAGUGCCAAUGAAAUACAGGUAUUUUUAGUCCGAAACAAAAGUGCACACGUUUACAAGCUGCAUUGUUCAGUGGCAUUAUUGUUUGCCUAGCUUUUAUAAUGGGACUUUAUGUCCUAUUUGUUUACUCUUGUACAUUUAUAUGACAUCCCAUUGUCAGGAUGACUGUCAGCACUGUUUCUUUACUGAAGAUGUGGUUUUAUAACUUUUUGCACAUUUGUUCUGUAUAUUUCUGUACAGAACUGUAUAUGUAUUUGUAUAUACAAAAUAUAUAGACAUAACACAUGACAUUAGAUGACAACAGUUAUGAUUAAUUCUGAAAUAGGUACAUUCAAUUUUGAUGUACACAUGGCAACAGAAUAGAAUGAAAGUUAAGUGGUUGCCAUUUAACAUUUGCUAACUUUUACAGUUAUUUAAAUGUAAUUGUAAGUUCUCGAAAUAUGUACAUGAUUUGACAUUAACUCUAAUCAGGCAAACUCCAGAUAAAAACAAAAAUCUGUGGCACAUUAUGCACAAAAUACUGUAAUGAGAUACAUUUAUUUUUUAUUUAUUCAGGUGUAUUUAUUUGCUGAUACAGGUGAAAUUGACUUUCAGCUGCCGCAGCAUUGCCGCUGUGCAGACUCGGUGGAUGAUGGAUCAAAUUAGAGGUCAGAGAAAAUCUUGUGUUGUAUUCAAACCAUGAAAAUCCUGAGGAUUAGGUUCUCAUUUCCCCCCCCACCACUUUUUUUCAGCAAUUUUCAAAUCCUCAGUCACAGAGUAAAAAGACUUGACCCUGUUUGUAUCACAGUAAUCCAUAAAAAAACAAACAAAAAAAAACAACGUGAUUUCUGAUGUUACAUCAGUUUUCCUCAGGACACUGUAUUAGAAUAUUUACUGAUACAUUGAUAGGGAUUGAUCGUUAACUUUUUCCUUUACCUGUUUUGACCUGAACAGAGUUUAGUCAGGGAGUGUUUUAUUAAGC